UGGCGUCAAACAGGAUUAUUUCUGUAGUGCUGAUGCAGACUCGGGCUUAUCCGUGUCCAUAUUCAAUCUCUUCCUUUCCUUCCUUCCUGUGUUCUGUGUUCAGGUCUCUUCUCCUGAUCCGGCAAGCAGCUGCCUCCUCCGUCAUUUCCCAGCGUGGGAUCUGGACCCUUUUCUCCUCAGCGUGGAAGCCGUCUCUCUACUUCCAGGAGCCUUUGAAUGCCCUCAGGAGCCUCCCUGGGUCCCCAGCGUUGUGGGGCCAGCAGCAGAUUCGCACCAAGACCCGGGGCAACGAGUACCAGCCCUCCAACAUCAAGCGGAAGCACAAACACGGCUGGAUCAAGCGUAUCCGCACAGCCAGCGGCAUCGAGGUGAUCCUCCGGCGGAUGCUGAAAGGCCGGAAAUCGCUGAGCCAUUGAAAUCUGCCAAGACCCGAUCCUGACUUUGGUUCAGAAAUCCACUGCUUUGCAAGAUCCUUUUCCAAAAUUUGGGGAACAACAGAUCUUACUUUUCAGAAAACGUCCGGAGCUGCUGCUACUCGUUCUUUUCUAGAUAGCUGGUCUGUGAUAAUUCAUUGACUAAGCCUCUUGUAAUGUUAAAACAAAGAGUCUGUAUUGUCCAUCCGCUGUUAUUAAAAAUGCAGUUAUUAAAAAGAGUGUUACCUACACCCUAAC